CUCACUGGCGGGAAGGGCGUCGGGCAUUCCGUGACUACACGGCAGAUUUCUAAAGCCGUCUCCACAUUCACUCAGAGAUCACACAGCCGAGAGUCAUGGAUAUCUGCUUUCUGCUCCUCGUGUCCUUUCUGUCCGUGUUUCACUUCAGCAGUGCUGACCAGCCUUUGGAGGAAGAAGUAAUUGUAGCAAGGAAUGUGGAGCUGCUCGGUGGCUGGACUCUUGCCAGUCCCGAGAGGGAAGAUGUUCAGGAGGCUGCGAAAGAAGCUGUCGAGCUCUUCAACUCGAAGUCCAAAGCAAAGAAAUACUUCAAACUCGUCAAUGUCACAUCGGCCAGCACUCAGGUGACAAAUAAGAUAAACUACAAAAUCGAGGCCACUCUUGGAAAGACAAAAUGCCGCAAAUCAGAAGAUACAGAUAUUGAGGCUUGUGGCAUGGCCAAAAAGCAACUGGCAUGUAAGUUUGAGGUGACCCUUGACAUAAUGACUGAUGAGCAUGAGGUGCAGAAGAUGUCCUGCAGAAGAUCUGCUUGAAUUCCACAUGGACUCCAAGUUGCUACAGUUUUGUACUUUUGGAUAUAUAGCGGACCACAUAUUCUUUAUCUUGACAUUUUAUUUUAUUUUUUCCUAAUAUAGAGUUUAUCCAAAAUGGAAAUC